GUGUGGGUAACGGGUGAGCACGAGCAGGAAUGGAGGCUGUUACUGUGUUUCCAAUUCCAAUUCCAUGUUCGGGUUCGGCGAUGCAGCUCAUCAAUUCCAUUUCCAGCUCCAGAUCGGAGUAAAUCUGCUUCUGAUCGGAUUCGAUUGGAUUUGAUUCCGGCUGUGUCGAACCCUAGCUUCCAUCUCGAUCCAAUCCCAGUUCCGCUUCUUCUUCUUCUUCCUCCUCCCCGGCAGCAGAGGCGGCCGUCGUCGAAUGAGUUGAAGAUGACGGCAUACUCCUCGUCCUCCUAGGAAAGGUCAGGGAAAGGAAGGAUUCGAGGGAAGAGAGGAGGCUGUUGGGCUCCUCCUCCAUGGAGGGCGAGGCGGACGGCGGCGGCGACUCCUUCGUGCUGCGCUCCGGCGUCCGCGCGGGCCUCAAGCGCGAAUUCGCCUUCGCCAUCGCCUCGCAGGCCGCCCUUUCGUCCUCAUCCGCACCCCUCGGCCGCACCCGCCGCUCAUCCCGCACGCUCAACUCAUCGGCCGCUUCGACCUCCUCCGCCGCCGCCUCGACAUCCUCCUUCUCAACUCACGACACCAAGCCAAAGGCCAAGCGCCCGCGCCCACCGGAUCCUCCCCCUCCACCAGAGGAUGCCCCCGCGCCCGGAGAAGAUCAUGAAGGGGCCGCUGUCGAGCUGCCCGGCCCCGUGCUCGCCUUGAUGGCUGCCGCUGGGCCCAGCCCUCCGCCGACGCCUUCGACUCCGCAACCCCAUGCCGGCGCGGAUGCGGAUCCGGCACACCGCGACAACAUCAUCAUCCCGCCGGAGUCGUCGCCCAGGCGCAUCACGCGCUCCAUGCUCCAGCCCAAGUCUCCCCCUCCCACCGCUGCUCGUUCUCCUGACAAUGUGGCUCCGCUCAAACCCAAACCGGAACCGCCGGAGGAAGAGGAGCCCGUUCCAGCGUUGAGGCGCUUCACCAGAUCACUCUUGGUCAAGGAUAAGGACAGCAACGACGACGACCUCUCAGGCACCACCACCGCCAGCAAUGCCUCCUCCUCCCCUCCACUCAACACCACCACUACCACCACAAGUACCAGCAGCAACAAGAGGAAUAAGAAUACAAACAAGAUUCCCACCAACCUCAGGGAGCUGCUCGCCACCGGCCUGCUUGAAGGUCAGCCCGUCAAGUAUAUCAUGAGGAAAGGCAAGCGAGCAGUACUCCGUGGAGUUAUCAAACGCAUCGGCAUACUGUGCUCAUGCUCUUCAUGCAAAGGCCGAAAAGUUGUUUCACCUUACUACUUUGAGGUGCAUGCUGGGAGUACGAAAAAGCACCCAUCCGAUUACAUUUUCCUGGAAAAUGGAAAUAAUCUGCAUGAUGUAUUGAGGGCAUGCACAAAUGUUACGUUAGACAUGCUGGAGUCUGCAGUACGGAAGGCAAUAGGCCCAGCACCUCAGAAGAGAACAUUCAGAUGCAAAGGCUGCAAAAGUUCAUUCAGCACACUCUGCAGUGGGAAAUUUGCUUUGUUUUGUGACUCAUGUCUUGAGUCCAAGGGUGCUAAGAAUAAUAGCAGGUCGUCCAAAGUUGGACGAAGUCCAACUUCAUCUGCCAAGGUAUAUAAGAGUGCCUCACCAGGAGCAAAGUCUUCAAGUGUAGGAAGGCUUACAAGAAAGGAUAAGGGGAUGCAUAAGGUUGUUUUCAUGAGUGGCGUUUUACAAGAGGGCACUGAUGUUGGCUACUAUGUUGGUGGAAAGAGGUUACUGGAUGGAUAUAUAAAGGCAUUUGGGAUCUACUGUCAUUGCUGCAGCACAGUGGUUAGUCCUUCACAGUUUGAAGCUCAUGCUGGUCGAGCUGCUCGACGGAAACCUUACCACAACAUAUAUAUGUCGAACGGCGUAUCACUACAUGAGCUGUCAAUUUCACUCUUGAAAGGUCAAAAGAUGUCAAACAGACAAAGUGAUGACUUGUGCAGCAUUUGUUCAGAUGGUGGGCAACUACUGCUUUGUGAUACCUGUCCAAGAGCUUUUCACAGAGAAUGUGUUAGCUUAUCUUCUGCCCCGAAGGGAACUUGGUGUUGCCGAUAUUGUGAGAAUAGACAACAGAGGGAAAGUUGUUUGGCAUAUAACAACAAUGCAAUAGCUGCUGGGAGGGUUGAAGGAGUUGAUGCCUUGGAACAAAUAUUUACACGGUCAAUACGUAUUGCUACAACACCUGAGACUGGAUUUGGUGGUUGCGCACUGUGCAAGCUCCAUGAUUUCAGCAAAAAGAAAUUCAGUACCCGGACCGUGCUGCUUUGUGACCAAUGUGGUAGAGAAUAUCAUGUUGGUUGCCUCAAGGAACAUAAUAUGGCUGAUCUGACGGCAUUGCCUGAGGGAGCAUGGUAUUGUUCUACGGACUGUGUGCGGAUUAACCAGACACUGCAAGAUUUACUUAACCAUGGAGGAGAACCUGUUCCUACCAUGGAUUUAGAUGUUAUUAAGAAGAAACGAGAAGUGAAAGGUUUUAAUGAGGAUGCUGACCUUGAUGUUAGAUGGAGAGUUUUAAAGGACAAGAGCUCGGAUGAUAGUAAACUAGUGCUCUCCAAAGCAGUUGCCAUUUUCCAUGAAACUUUUGAUCCCAUUAUCCAGGUUUCAACUGGGCGGGACCUCAUUCCAGCCAUGGUUUAUGGGAGGAGUGCAAGGGAUCAAGAUUACACAGGAAUGUAUUGUGCUGUGUUAACUGUGAACAAUACUGUAGUUUCCGCGGGUCUUUUCCGCAUCAUGGGUAAUGAAAUUGCUGAGCUUCCGUUGGUUGCUACAAGUAGGGAUAGCCAAGGUUUGGGGUAUUUCCAAGCACUUUUUUCCUGCAUAGAACGGCUGUUGGCAUCUUUGGAGGUGAAACAUUUUGUGCUACCAGCUGCAGAGGAAGCAGAGUCUAUCUGGACAGAACGUUUUGGGUUCACAAAGAUAAGCCAGGAUGAGCUGCGUGAAUACCUCAAGGGUGGGCGAACAACUGUGUUUCAGGGGACGUCAAACCUACACAAGCUGGUUGCGAAAGUUGAAUGCUAGUUAUGUGCAUGGGAGGAAGAGCAAGGACAUGAAGCUAAGAAGCAGCUGAAUGUUUGCGUGCCUCUGGGAUUGACGCAGUAGGAAAGGCGCACCCUGAUCCCUUUCUUCUAAAUGUUGGCGAGCAUGGUGGUAUUGGCAUCUUGAUCUGUUUCCAUAGCUAAAGGUGAAGAAGAUUGUGUAAGAUACAAGGGACAAGCUGCAAAGGCAAAAGCCAAAGCUGAGUGAAUUUCAGGCACCUUAUUGGGUGGCGGUAUGCGCGUUGUGGGACGCUGUGUUUGUUGAGUAGGUGUUAGCUGGGGCUGGAGUGAGAUGGCGAGUUGGUGACUACAUUUGUGUUCUGUUGGUGGGUUUUUCACUGCUAAGGUGACUGUUGUAUCUGUUGAUAUCUUUCUGUUUUAUGAUAGUGGCAGUGAUACCAGGCUGUUAGGAGUGGGGUGGGGAGGUUUCAAAUUCAACGUACGUCAUGAACAUGUGAUUCCUCUUUAUUGGCCUGACUCACCCAUGGAUGUUAGUGUGGAUGCAAUGUAGACAUGUAGUACAGCUGUUGUAAUGUAACAUAAGUAUUGCUUUCCCCGCCUAUUUAACAUAUUUAAUUUGCUGCGAAUUCCUAGAGGCUGGUGCAGCUUA